GCAAUCACGGUAGGUUGAGCCUACUGAGCUCCAUAGAAAUUUGACAGCUUCACAGGUGAGACAACCGUCCGGAGGCUGUUUCACUUUAGAUUUCAGUUUGCUUUUUUUUUCUCGGAACUCUAUUCACUGUGAGCCUGGGGUUGACACAUUCAAAAAACAACCAUUCGAAGUCUAAUCAUUCCGGCAGCAUGAGCAAAAAGAAAAAGGACUGGAAGACUGAAAAAGAGAGACUGCUCCGUCUAAAUGUGGAUGACAGGCGCAAGGAGUAUCGUCGUCAAGAUUUCAUUUCUCUGGACAAGAUUCCAACCUGGAGAGAGGAAAAUAGAUGCGAUGACACGGAAGAUGGGAAGGAGCUGACAGGUGGAGGAGGGCUGAGCGAUAAAGUAUCUCUCUACAAAGGAGAUAUUACCGUCUUGGAGGUGGAUGCCAUAGUCAAUGCUGCAAACUCCAGUCUUCUGGGAGGAGGGGGAGUUGAUGGCUGCAUACACAAAGCGGCUGGGUCCUGUCUGUAUGACGAGUGUCACUCGCUAAAUGGCUGUGAAACUGGCAAAGCCAAGAUCACCUGCGGCUAUGAUCUCCCUGCAAGAUAUGUGAUCCACACCGUGGGGCCGGUGGCCAGAGGUCACGUGGGCCCUACAGAGACCAAUGACCUCACCUCCUGCUACCAGAACUCCCUCGACCUGAUGAAGGAGCAUAACUUGAGCACUGUGGCCUUCCCGUGUAUAUCCACAGGCAUCUAUGGCUUUCCCAAUGAGCCUGCAGCCGACAUUGCUUUGAACACAGUAAAACUCUGGAUCGAAGAGAAUCCUGAUAAGAUCAAACGGGUCAUUUUCUGUGUCUUCCUCGAGACUGAUUUUGCCAUCUACAAGAAGAAAAUGUCUGUCAUGUUCCAAGACAAUGACAUGGAGGUUACAAAGGAGCCGCUGAAGGAAGAUAACACACCACCGUCUACAAAAUCCACAACCAAGGAAGAAAGUGAGGACAACAACAGAGGUACAGAGGAAGCAGGUGAUGAAGAAGAGGGUGACAAUGAUGAAGAUGCAAAUCAAGAUGUGGAGAUGGAGAGUCAACCCGCAGAUGAUGAGCCGGCAAACACAGAGCCAAAAGAAGACCAGCAGGGCGAUAAUAAUGAAAACCAAGCUCAAGAAGACAAUGAAGACACUGGGAAUGUCAACGAUGCACGUCCUGACGAUGAGAAAGACAAAGGUGAAGAAAAUGACAUUAACGACAGCAAGGAUGAAAACAAAGAAGAACAGCAACCUGCUCCGAUGGAGUUGACACAAUCUGAGGAGAAUAUGGAAGUGACUGAGGUGACUGAGACUGGCACCAGCAAUGAAGGAGAUACAAGCGAUCCUGUCGAGGGCUCAGAGCAACCUGAUUCAACUCCAACUCAGUCCAAAGGCGCUGUUGAGAAGAAAGAAUGACCAGCUGAGGGGAAGACAAUCGACCUCAUCUGACAGCCAGCAAACUGUGCGAAGGCCACACUGGUGUCAGCCUGGCCCAUGUCAGUAUGGGCUCUGACACUGGCCCAGGAAAACCAGUUACUCACAAGAUGCUCACAUUCCCAACUUUACUUAGCCUCCCCUCUCUUUGUUAAACUAUUCAUCCCUGAAGUAUGUAUGUACUAUAUGUAUAUGUAUGUACAAAACCUUACUUAUAGGACUUGAACAUAUCAACCAGAAAAGAUGAGCCAUACCUCACUGUGUGUUAGUCAUACAUCAUUUUGCCCGAAGGGUGCAAUGAGAUAAACCAGGUUCAAGUCUUGUUAUUUGAUAAACCCACUGUGAGAGCAUGGUGAUGCUGUCAGAGGACAACAGCCACAGCUCCUACAUGUUGACACUCCUGGCUGGGUGAUGCUAAAACCAUCAACCAUCCUUUAGUUUUUACAACUCAGACACCGCCAAUACAGUCACGAUGGCACUCAGUAGUGGGACAACACCCUGCAUUUGUAAGCUUCUUUGGAGUGCAACACACUGGCACCUGCCAUGUCUCCCCACACGCACCGCCGCAGCUCGAGUUCCAUUCUUUAGUCAGAUCGGCCAAUGCCUCGAUUCGCACCGCGGUCUGUAAGGCGAUGUGCCGCUGCCAGUCCUUUCAUCUGCACGUCACUAAUCGAGUCUCAUCUCCGCUGCUGCCGUGACUGCAGCUUUAUUAGUUUUACCAGGAAAUUGUUCAUUAACGCCCAUGCACAUAAACGAGGAUGUGAGUGUCUUUUCAACAAAUCGAUUGAGUCUUUCCCCCCCCUCUCUCCCUCCCCCACUUCCUUUUUCUUUGCCAUUUCCAGUGCAUGCCAGAAAAUUGCUUUGAACUUCACCAACAUAAACGAGAAUUACGAUCGCUUUCGCUUGUCUUCUUACCAGAUUGUCUAUAAUUGUAUCGAAUGAAUCUGCCUUAUUUCAUAUCAAAUUACAAAAUCACAAUCACAGACCUGAGGAGGAGACGGAUGAGUUCUUGGUUGUGCAUUGCUUGCAGAUGAUUUGUAUUUUUAAGUACAUGUAAUGGCUAACACCUGUUUUAUUUUCCUGAGUUUGUUUUUAAAAAGGGUUUUAAUUUCUUUCAAAUGCUGGUAUGAUUCAUUAAUUAUUUUCAGUGGUGCCAUACUAAAGAUCAGACAAAUUACAGUUCUAUGAAAUGAUGCCUUCAUACUUUGAUGUUUGCUUUGCUAAAUUAUAACAAAAAAAAA